AAAGUGCUGAGGCUCGAUUACUGUUGCAUUUUCACUCGUGUCACAGUCCCAAACAAUGGUGUCAAGUGACAGCCCGCAGCUGUCUGCGACACCCGCGUUAGCUGACAGAGAGACGCACACACAGCACACAUUGAUCCAAGACCGACGCCACCACCGCUGAUUUUCCCCCCUCUCUCUCUCUCUAUUCUCCCAAGUGCCCGGGGUUGCGUUUGAAAUCUCCCCCUCGUGUUAUUCACGUACUCGAUUACCACUAUUUCCUCCGCCUGUGUAAUUGAGACCCGAAUUAGCAGCGGGAUCCGGCAGACCGUUCCAACACUUUCGCUCGCCGGCCCCUGUGUGAGAGCUCACGGCCGCUCGGAUUGUACGAUUUUAUAUUUUGCGGGAGGACUUAAAUCGAUUUUUUUUUCUCUCUCUCCGUCUGGCGAGUUUCGCUGACGUCAGGAGUCGGAAGCCUCUGAGUGGACCUGGGCUUGUGGAUAUAUAUAAAUAUAAUCUCGGUCCGGUGCCCGGAGAUCGCUGCGUGUGCCGGCGGGCUGCGGCGUCCGUCUGGUCGGUCGGUCGGCCGGCAACCAGCGCUCGCACUGUCCUCGGAGAAAGUGGCAGAGGAAGAGUAAAGUUCACCGCUUGCAGUCCCGGGCUGCCGGUUCAGCUCGCCACUAGUUUCUUUGUUGUGCGGGUCGAAAGAACUAUGAAUAAAUUGCGCUGUCUGCUUCCCGCUUUGGGUCAGCUGCCAACGCAGUAAUAAAUCAUGUCGGUUCGCAUCGUGGCGCUGGGGAACGAGAAGGGGGGAUUCGACGAGAGUCUCCAGCAGCCUGAUCUGAUCACCACCUACUUCGGCAGGCAUGCGAUCGUCCGGCACAUCGAGGAGAGGCGGCUAAUGGGCUUCGCUACCCACAUCACCUUCCCUGCCUUCGUUGAGUACCAAGCGUACGUUUUCGGCAGAGUCAGAGUGCUGAUUCACGACUGCCCAAGUUGGGAAUUAUUCGACAACGACUGGUAUCAGUCACGGAAUAUAGUUGGGCUGGCAGACAUCAUUGUUCUCAAAUACUCUGUCAAUGACAAAACUUCAUUUCAAGAAGUGAAGGAUAACUAUGUCCCUAUGAUCAAGAGGAUACUGAACCAGUGGACAGUUGCCGUCAUUGUUGCUGCUAUUGGUACAAGAGAAAAUGAAGAGAGUCCAGCUUGUUCAUGUCCACUGUGUGCGUCCGAUAAAGGGAGCUGCGUGCCUUUCUAUGAGGGGUUGGAACUAUCAAAAGAAAUCGGAGCAGCCUACUUGGAACUUCAGAGUCUCAACGAUUUCAAUGUGGGGAAAUAUUUCGGAGGAGUGUUGGAAUACUUCAUUGUCCAAUGUUUAAAGCAGAAGUCUUCACAGAAAAAAAAGAAAAGGACAAGCAGAACCCGUCUAAUUCCACCACCUAGACUUAAAGAACCUGCCAAGCUGCCGUGUUUAAAGAUUGAGACAUCCCGGUACCACUGUGACUUGCUAAGGCUUUUCUACAGCUCUCUGUGUGCAGAUGUGGUAUUUUACACUGGUGCUGGACAAGAGGUGGCGAGGGCCCACAGGAUUGUGCUGUGCACGGCAAGCCACGUCUUCAUGCUGCUGUUUGGUGUGGAGGUUCCUGGCCACCCCGGAGAAUUACCUGGGAGGAUUGCUCACCGUCUGUUUGUAAUAGAAAAAGACAUUGCAUUGAACUCCAACCAAACUUUCCUUCAGAACAGCCAGCCAGUAAGGGUCACCAUUUUAGACUCUCUGCUCUGUGCCUGCUUCUCAGAGGUCUUGAAGUUCAUUUAUGCAGGGACUGACAGCUGGGAUGAACUGAAGUCGGUGCUCUGGAAGAAGUUAAACAAUCUAGAAGAAAUGAGGCAAGUGUUGGAAACACUCAGUCUUCUCUUCAAAUGCAACUCCAAGACGUUUUAUUCCAGUGGGAUUGACUACCCAACAGCAAAAGGGAAAGAACAAUCUCAAAGCUGCUGUUGUUCCUUAAGUCUUUUCCUCAAAAACCCUGACUUGGCUGAUGUCAUCUUUAAAGUACAAGGUACAGGGACCUGUAUAUAUGCUCAUAAAGCAGUGCUGGUGGCCCGGUGUGAGGUAAUGGCCGCAAUGUUUAGCGGAAACUACAUCGAAACGCAAGCGUGUCAUGUUCCUAUUCAUGGUGUUUCCAAGGAAACCUUUCUCGCUUUCUUGGAGUACUUGUAUACGGAUUCAUGCUGCACAGGCAGCAUUCUCCAAGCGAUGGCUCUACUGAUAUGUGCUGAAAUGUAUCAGAUACAACGACUGCAGCAGAUGUGUGAGGCGUACAUUGUUACGCAAUUACAGAGCAUGCCCAGCAGAGAACUUGUAUCAACGAACCUCAGUAUCGUCAACUUGUUCAACAAGGCAAAGUUCCACAACGCAACCAGGUUGUCUAACUGGUUACUGCAUUUCAUUGCCAGCAACUACCUCAUCUUCAGUCAGAAGCUGGAGUUUCAGGAGCUUUCUGAUGAAGAACAAGCGUUUGUGGAAAGUCAUAGAUGGCCGUCAAGUUCGUACUUGCAGAAAUUGACUGAGUACAGACAUCACGUUCACUCUGGAAGAUCUCGUUGUAUUCUCAUGUAACAGCUUGUUGACCUCUCUGUCCUU